AUGGGACAAUUGAGGGUACUGAAAGACAUGUUAGCUGAGGUGGUAGACCUCAUUAUUGGGGAGAAAGAUUUGGAGGAAUUGUGUGCCUCGGAUGCCGAGGCGGAUACGAGAGAUAGCGGUAUGAAGAAGGAGCGGUCGAUGCAAAGGCGACAGUGGAAGCAGCAGCACCACCACCAAAUGGUUGGAAAAGGAAAAUUGUUGGAUGGAUUGAGAGUGGCCAGCGUGGAUAAUUUUCAGGGCGAAGAGGCGACCGCCAUUAUAGUCUCCCUUGUACGAAGCAACAAAUACCAGAAUUGCGGAUUUCUCAAGACGCCCAACAGAAUCAACGUUCUCCUAAGUAAUAAGUCAGUAACUUUGCCUCUCAUUUGCAGUCGCGCAAAACACGAGAAAAGUGGCAAUAUCGGUCCGAAACUCGAACUUCGGUGCUCCCGUCACCCCGAUAACAAGAUCUAUGUCUCCUCCCCCGACGACUUUGCCAUCCAUGUCCCAGAGGCUUACUCUCUUGCGGACACAAUUGCCGAAAGCCACGUUGGAAUUGUAUGCAGAAUAAUGAUCACGGUUCUUGCAGUAUUCUAUGCGGACGAUUAUUUACAACUUGUUCGCACUGCUACAAUCAUCCAUGUCACGACGGCGUUCUAUGUUCUCCCUACAAUAUGCCCUAUGAUACACGUUGCAAGCAUAGCAGAUACCCUAAGACAUGUAGCGACCUGUGUGACCCUUGCGCGGAGCAAUGUGGAUGGAGUUGCGAUCAUCAACGCGGUCACUGCAGUAUGCCGUGUGCGGUCCUAUGUGAUAUCCUUUCUUGCGAUCAUCGCUGCGAAAAGAACUUUGUAUCUUGUGGACAUCAAUGCCCUGGGAAGAUACGGCGAAAUUGAGAUUGAUGAGGACCCAUUAAUAUUCCUCUCUUGUGGACACUUCUAUACAGUCUCCACCAUUGAUGGAAUUAUGGAGUUGACUCAGCACUAUGUCACUGACUUUCGAACUGGCAAGAUUGUGGGCCUGAAAUUAUCGCAAUGGGCAUUUUUGGAGGAAGCAACGAGAAGGUUUGAUGCAAAAGCGAAUUCAAGGUGUGCGGAGCUCGCGGAGAAGAUUCAAAAUCGAGAGAUGGACAUUGAGGGGGAAAGAAGCGAGUUCGUGCUGCAAUGGUUGCGAGGAUGUGGUGAAUCAAGAGACUUGGAUCAAGUUAAGCAUGCCCUGGAGGCAUACCAAGUAGAGGGAAUCAGGCUCCAGAAGGACAUCACAAAAUUCGCGAAAUCUGUGGAAAAGACAGACCAGCCUUUCGGGAGGGUCAACAAUUUGCUUUCCGCUGCAAUCGCCAGACAGCGCGAUAUAACAACAGACGCCCUCGAGUUUGAUGAAUCAGUUAUCCAAACUGGAUUCCAAUUUCGUGGCCAAUAUUUGAGUCUUCGUCUCAGCUGGGCCAUCCUUUGGGAUUUUGACACAAUCUACAGUAACGACUCCGUCGACCCACGUAUUCGUUCGGCAUUGCGCAAUAAGAUGGCAUCCCAGAUUAGAGGGUUUUUGGAUAAAUGUUCCUCACUCGUAAAUGCGAGUCGGAAUGCCAAAUUUCCACAACAAGAAGCAGAAGCUUGGAUCUAUCGUGCGUUAUUCUCCGUGCUCUUACGUAGCAAUUCUGGGUCGCAAGGCCAAUCCAUGGACAAAGUUACCGAGGUUUCUGAGGAGAGCUUGGGGGAAUUUGAAAGACUCUUUUCGCGACAUCCAGGUGGUUUGGCAUAUCUCAAGAACGAUGCUGAACAGGCGAGAAGGCUGGCAAAUGGUGGCACGUUUUAUACAAUGGUAACGGCAGAGGAAAAACGAGAGGUCUAUAGGGCUAUGGCCAGGCAGUUUUCAGGGACAGACCAUUGGUAUUAUUGUCGGAAUAAUCACCCUUUCAUGGUAGGGGAAUGCGGAAUGCGAAUGGAAGAAGCUCGAUGUCCAAAAUGCGAAGAGCCCAUUGGAGGCUAUGAUCACGCUCUUGUCCAAGAGGUUCAGAGAGUGGAAGAUAUCGAGUAUGGAUUUUCUUAG